AUGACGAAGAGGAAGGGACGGCCCGACAAGCCGUCUGGAAAGGAGAUGACGGAGUUCAAUGAUGAAGAUGCGAGGAGGGAGGAGAUUCGAAGGGCGAGGGAGAAGCAGAAGGAGGAGGAGGUGCUGACGCUCAAGCGCAGCAUGGAGUCGGGCAUGGCGCAAGCCAUGAGGGACCAGGAGCGACUCAAGGAGGAGCUUCGCUUCUUGUAUCAGAUCGGAAACUACGAGACUCGUCCGUCUCUCUCUCUGCUGCCCCUCCUCCACACUCAUCCCCCUCUCCCUCACUACCCCCGUGGUAGUUCAACCCUGGUUGUUGCACCUCGCCUGUCUCUCCUUCCCCUCUCCGUUUCUUAUGCCUGGGACCCAGACACGCCCUAA